CAGGCCGGCGGGCCUGGCCCCCUCCUCCUCUCGGGGCUCCGGCCCCUUCCUCCUUCGGACCCCAAGAGUUCGGCCCGCUCCUGUCUCCGGCCUAGGAUCCAGCUCCCUUUUUCUUCCGACCCCGAGGGCUCUGGCCCUCCCUUCCCUGUGGCUCUGGGGUCCGGCCCCCUCCCUCCCUCCCUCUCCCCUCCCAUAGUCCCGUCUUCUGCUCCUUUUGACCCAGCGGCCUGGUUUCUUCCUUUGCUUCGCGGAUUUCCGGCCAGCCCCAUGCUGGUGUCUUAGUCCCGCGUGAGUCACAGACCUGCCAUGGUGGCCCUGGGAAAAUAACCGAAAUCCUCGGGCCUCAAAUAGGUUGCGGACGACGCUGACGAUUUGCUUUGGGAGCUGGAGUAGCUGCUGCCACCGGAGUCUGGAGCCAUGAGCGGGUUUAAUUUUGGAGGCACUGGGGCCCCCACAGGCGGGUUCACAUUUGGCACUGCAAAGACAGCAACAACCACCCCUGCCACCGGGUUUUCUUUCUCUACAUCUGGCACUGGCGGGUUUAAUUUUGGGGCUCCCUCCCAGCCCACUGCGAGCACCCCUUCUACCAGCCUGUUCUCACUCCCUACCCAAACGCCAGCAACACAGACCUCAGGAUUCAGUUUUGGAACCACAGCUCCUGCUACUGGAGGCACUGGGUUUUCCUUAGGGAUCAGCACCCCAAAGCUAAACUUGGGCAAUGCAGCUGCCACCCCAGCCACAGCACAGCCCACUGGCUUCGGGCUCGGUAGCAGCACCCUCACCAACGCCAUCUCCAGCGCCGUCACCUCCAGCCAGGGCACAGCACCCACCGGCUUUGUGUUCGGCUCCACCGCCACCUCUUCUGCUCCAUCCACCACACCCGGGGGCUUCUCGUUUACAGGUGGAAGCACGUCCCAGGCUGGGGGGACCUCCAGUUUCAGUAUUGGCUCCAUGGGGAGUUCGGCCCAGCCCUCGACACUUGCUGGGUUGGCCUUCCCCCCAGCCACACCGGCAGCCACUGGAGCAGGAACCACACAGCCAGCUGCUCCCGCGCCCACUGCUGCCACCACCAGUGCUGGACCCACACUCUUUGCUUCGCUGGCUACUGCUCCAACCUCGUCUGCUGCCACCGGGCUCUCCCUUGGUGCCCCAGCAACCACCGCUGGAACGUCUGGGCCUGGAAUGCUGGGCUUCAGCCUAAAGGGUCCUGGAGCAGCUCCCACCGCGUCCACAGCGACAUCCACCGCCGCCACCACCACCAGCACCAGCAGCUUCUCCUUGAAUCUAAAACCCCUGGCAUCAGCCAGGAUCCCCAGCAAUGCGCCCACUGCCAUAACCGCUCCGUCUGGCCCCAGUGCAGCCACUGGGGUGUCCACCAGUCCCGUGAUGACCUACGCCCAGCUGGAGAGUCUGAUCAACAAGUGGAGCCUGGAGCUGGAGGACCAGGAGCGGCACUUCCUGCAGCAGGCCACCCACGUCAACGCCUGGGACCGCACGCUGAUCGAGAACGGGGAGAAGAUCACCGCCCUCCACCGCGAGGUGGAGAAGGUGAAGCUGGACCAGAAGAGGCUGGACGAAGAGUUGGACUUCAUCCUGUCGCAGCAGAAGGAGCUGGAGGACCUGCUGAGCCCUCUGGAGGAGUCCGUCAAGGAGCAGAGCGGGACCGUCUACCUGCAGCACGCCGACGAGGAGCGCGAGAAGACCUACAAGCUGGCCGAGAACAUCGACGCACAGCUGAAGCGCAUGGCCCAGGACCUCAAGGACAUCAUCGAGCACCUGAACACGUCCGGGAGCCCCGCAGACACCAGCGACCCCCUACAGCAGAUCUGCAAGAUCCUCAACGCACACAUGGACUCCCUGCAGUGGAUCGACCAGAACUCGGCCCUGCUGCAGAGGAAGGUGGAGGAGGUGACCAAGGUGUGCGAGGGGCGGCCCAAGGAGCAGGAGCGCAGCUUCCGGAUCACGUUCCACUGAGCCCGUGGCCGGGCCGCAGCGCCGCGGGUUCCCAGUGUGUUCAGUGGGGGAGUGUGCGGUUACUGUUUAGCUUUUGUUUGCUAUGAAGUACUGUUUGAUUGUCUGUUUCUUUCAAACAGUUGUGCUGUCGAGAGAACUGUUUGUGGUUUGAGUUUUUGCAUUUAUAAGUAGAAGUAUUCUGAGUGUUCUAGUCCGAGCAGCAGCCUAGUAGGUAUGCUUUCUCUGUAUAACUUUUUUGUUUAUCCCAGACCCUUUUCUUUUUUUCUUUUUUUAAAUAUAUUUUUAUUGAUUUUUAUAAAGAGGAAGGAAGGGAGAGAGAGAGGAAGAA